AUGGAUGUCGAAAUGCGUGCUGAAGUACCAAUAAUUACCCAACCUUCACUAAUUCAGACCAGUCGAUUUGGAAGUUUAAAAUCAUUUUUUGCUACUCUGUUAACAGUAUCAUUGACAUUUUGGUUAAUUAUUUUUCUGAUUGCAUUGAUAAGUGCAAUACCAUUAACUCAAUUAAUUGUUGGAAGCUUGUUUAAAGAUGAGUGCUCUAUUAAUUAUCUUAUUCCAAUAUAUUUGAUUGUUGCCGGUGUGACUGGAUUAGUAUAUGUUAUUAUUUCCAUGGGUCAAGCAUGUGUAUCAGAAUCUGGAAGAUUGGUAUUACUAGCGUUGAAAGUUUUAUUUGAGCUAUUUAGUUUGGCUUGGCUUAUUGCUGGAAAUGUUUGGGUGUUUAGUGUUCAAUCAACAGUGCAAUUCACCAAUCACAAUGAGACAAAUACGUACUGUCACCCGACUGCUUACAACUGCGCGUUUAUAACAAUCAUUCUCACAUAUACAUUUGCAUGUUGUGGACUUUGGAUAAUUUUUUAUGAAAAAUUAUGA